AGUAAAUUCCAUCCACGCCUUCCUCCUCUCUCUCUCUCUCUCUCUCUCUCUCUCUCCCCCAAAUCCCCGACCUCUCCCAAGCACAAAAAGGUUCCGAGUGAACGCAAGCGGGCGUCUCCGGGCCGCCGGAAAAACCAGACGAUAUCCGGAAUCUUGCUCCGUCGGGAACCACAGCUGCGUGCAGUUCGGUUCUCAUCUGGACGUAGGACCCGGUGAAGCCGGAGACCCCUGCCGCCGCAACUGAUUGUUCCCUGAAGAGAGAAGCAGAGAGGCCACGAAAAGCUUGAAGCGAGCCGCGGUACAACCGGUGAGAAUUCGCCGGCAGGCGCAUCGGGAACAUCUCAUCGGGAGGAAAACAGAGAUGGAUUUAGAUGAUUUCAGGUCGAUAAUGAGGAGCUCCGGCUUGGAUGUGUGGACGUUCAUUGAGACGGCAAUAUCGGUGGCGUGCUUGGACCAUGGCCAGGAGCUGAAGGCUCGCCGAGACGGGCUAGCCGAACGCCUUUACGCCAGCACUCUCCCUCGUUGCCAGAAUUGCGAUCUCGGUGCGGCAAAGGAAAUGAUGAUGAAAGAGGACGAAGCGGAGGAAGAAGAGGAAGAGGAUGAAGUGAGGGAGAAACCAUUGGCUGGUCGGGGCCGGAGGGGGGCAAUAUCCCCGGAUACGUCCCCCUCGUUGGUGGACGCCGGCCAGGAUGAGCACCAAGGUGAGGACUUCCAUGCCGUCGACUCCGAGGAAGAGCAGCUUCUCAUCAUCAAAGGAAUGCUGGAAGAUCCCGAUCAGAGUGACGAAUCACUCGUUGAGCUGUUGGAAAGACUCGCUGACAUGGACGUCACGUUCAAAGCCCUCAAGGAUUCCGAUGUUGGUAGACACGUAAACAUCCUUCGGAAACAUUCUUCCGGCGAAGUAAGGCGACUAGCAAAACUUCUCGUCAGGAAAUGGAAAGACCUCGUGGAUCAAUGGGUGAAGUCCGGUAAAAUGGGUGCCUCCCCCAUUGUCGGUAACGAGUCGCCCCUCCAGCACACGCCCCCUCAACAAACCCUACCUAAGCCAAUCCAGAACGGUGGAACUCAGGCCUCGGAUUCGCCGUACUCUCCAAAUCGAAUUCAUGGUUCCGACAGGAACGGCCAGACCGACUCGGGUACGAAAGGCGAGAAAGGAAACGGUCAGAGGGAGCCGCAGGCUAAGCAGAAUCAUCCCGCCGCUCCCUUGUCUUCAUCGAUCCCGAAACAGAAAGAAUGCGCCAUCGACCAAGAAAAGCUGGCCUCUGCAAGGAGACGGCUUCACGAGAACUACCAAGAAGCCCAAAAUGCUAAAAAACAAAGAACUAUUCAAGUGAUGGACAUCCAUGACAUCCCCAAGCCCAAAAACGCCUUUUUCUCCCGCAACAAGGGUGGUUUCCAGGCCAAGCAUUGGUGAAGGAAUAAAAUAAAGAUUGAACCAGGAGGGUUCUUUCUUGGUCUCUCCCCAGGAACUCGGAUCCCAUACCUUUUACUGUCAAUCUGGACCUCGUGCUUCGUGGAUCACCAGCGCGCCGGCGAAGCAGCUUCCCUGAUGAAUGUAAACCAUUCGACAACGCAUCGGGGCCGUCGUUUUCUAAGCCGUCUUGAAGUCGAGAACGUGCAUGUACUUUUAUGCGUCGUACUUUGGCAUUGAAUAUAAUAAUUUAUCAUCCCUCCUGUGAGCAAUGGCGAUCCAGUUUGCCUUCUAUAGACGGUAUGGCGGCUUUGUAAAUUAUACCGCCUUGCGUGGGGACGCCUGGUGAUGGCUGCCGUAUGGAUGGAUCAAAUUUGGGAUAUAUACAUUUAAUCAUACUAGUCAUUCCAUUAAGGUACUCGUUAUAUUUUAAUUUUCUUUUCUGGUCUUCGCGAGUGUAAAAAAAAGUUGCAAGUUCCAAAUGCUUUCCUUUUUUUUUUUGGUCC